GGCACACGGAAAGUGAUUUAAAUUCAAAUUAGCAAAAAUGGCGAAGAUUUAACAAGCGUCACCACCAUAAUUGUCAGAGUUGUGCUACGUUGCUCCAAGUGGUUUUGGUUCGAUUUGUACGUGUUUGAGGCAAGAGCGCGACUGGCAGCCCUGCGUUUUUUCUUUUAUGUCGUAUGCUUCGCAUCCCGUAUUCCAACAUGGCGGUCGAAAAUUUCCGAAACUUUUGUGUUUUGUUUCCACGCCGUGCCGACUGAAAGUGUUUUUGGGCGCGUAAUUUAGGCCCAAAGUGAGCGAAACCCGGUGCAAAAGUGCGCCAAAGUGACGCGGUACGCGGUGGGACAGUGCGUGCGGCGUAAAACGUGGAAUUACACGGUGAAAAUCGAUUAGACCGCUAUCGCGUCCCUUUUAACCCGCUGAAAUCUUCUGGUGAGUGUCGCGCGGGGCGGAAAAAGAAGAAGUUUGGCGUAACUUUUUUAUUCGCGAGCAAACUCUGGUUCGAUUUGAACUGUGCGUGUCGAGUUGGACGUUUAGAUGGGACAGACAAUCACUGUAUAAGAUGAACAAUUCUUAUGGAAACAUUGUGUACAGUGGUCAAAUAGGUGAAACUCCCGAACUGCAAGGUCAAGUCGAACAACACCCGCAUCAAGCUAUUAACAAUCAUCAUUAUCAGCAGCCGCAGCAGCACCAGUAUCAACAGGAUACGCACAACGGUCUGAAGGAAGGCUAUAGCCAGGAGAGGGAAAGCAUCAUCGCGAGCAACACUCACGCGCAAGGUGCAGCAGCAUACCAGGAGCCGGAGCAGGUGAAGUCAGCAACGAUGGAGAGUACGGACGAGGUGAAGAAUCACGACGGUGAGGAGGAGAUUGAGGAAAACCAUCUCGAGGAGGAGCAUUUGGACCCGGAAGAGCCGGAAAACGAAGACGGAAAGGCGGAAGCUGAAGAUCAAACCGAAGAGACGAAAGAGAACGACGCGACGGAUGCGAAAGCGGACGAUGAAAACGGCGACGCCAAGGAAGCGGAAGAGGACGCAAAAGACAAACCGGAUGGUGAGGAAGACGACAAGAAGGCAGUCAAAACUGAGUCCAAAAUUGAUGACGACGAUAAGCCGCUGAAAACUCGGCGCCGAGAGGGAGGAGAACCAGCAGAUUUGGAAAUUUGUCGAGUGUGCACAUCGAAGGAUACGCUGUCGGAUAUUUUCGAGUUUGAUAACGACAUGAGAAUAAGUGACAUAAUCCUCAAGCUAUGCCCGGCCGUUCGGAUAACUGAGCGAGAUCACCUGCCGCACAAGAUUUGCAAAGGAUGUGUGGAAAAGGUCAAGAUCGCGCACGAGUUCAGAAUCACCUGCGAAAACACCGACAAGGAACUGCGGAAAACACUCAAGCGUAGCUACAACAAGUCUCGCCGGACGACAGACUUUGUCAUCGUGAACUGCCCCAUGUCGGACGGGGAGGACGACGACGACGAACCGCAGGACGAUGACGAGUACAAGGUGUCCCAGUCGGAAGUCGAGUCCGAACCGGUCACGUCGGAUGACAGCUUCGAACCGUCGAGAACAAAAAUCAAAAAGACCCCCAAGAGACGCGGCCGCCGUCCGAAAAACGAAUCCAGCGGUGCCGGCUCGGAAGAAGUGGUGGUCAAACGAAAGCGCGGUCGACAGCCCGGAUAUUCACCGAAAACUGGAAUGAUCAGCAACACCCCCAAGCGCGGCCCAGGUCGUCCUCCGGGCCGUCCUGGACGUCCACCAAAGUCCGCGUCCAAAUCUCCCGGACUGGCCAACGUGGUGUACAUCGAAGCUCCUGACGGCAGCUCGUCCGAAAGUGACGACGAUAAACCGAUCAGACCCCGCAAAACCCACGACUGCAACAAGUGCGACGAAACGUUCAAGACCGGCGUCGAGCUGAAGGAACAUCUCCUUACUCACAAGGGCGAUCUCUUCCCGUGCACCAAGUGCGACAAAACGUUCAAGUCGAAGGUCUACCUGUCGAACCACCUGGAACGCCACGACCAGGACGACAAAAAGCGCGAGGAGAAGAUGAAGGCGAAACAGGCGAAAAAAGAAGCCAAGCGGCAAGCGGAACUCACCAAGCGACCGUACAACAAGCACUCGUCCGGCGGAAGUGCCGAGAAGAGAAAGAAAAUGGAACCCUCGCCGGCCAACAGCGGGCGCGAUCUGUUCAAGUGUGUCGCGCCGCUAACCUCCACCUACUGGAGCGAUAGCUUCUCCGAUUAAAAUGGUGAAAAAGGAGUGAGCGGUCGGGCGGGCGAGCGAACGUCGGGACGGGUGUACAUUUGGACUGCUGGAAGUUUGAGGACCGCCGAUAGCAUGCCAACCGGGGAGACGACGAAAAUUUUGUUUAUUAUUUCUUUCUUAUUUUUUUAAAAUUCGAACAUGGGUGCCAUCUUGAUCGCCUGCGACUGCUGCACUGCUGUGUGAAGAGUGUUGACGUGUGUGCGUGCGUACGUGGGAGGAUUUUCAACACUAUUGUUUCCGGACGCGAUACGUUGCUGAAAGUUUCUCCCCCUCAGCGGAUUCGAGGAUUUGGCGGUUGGGUUAGCUGGACGUCUGGACGUGGCACUAUACAAUAGACUGUAAAUAAUGCUGGAGGAUUUUUUUUAACUGGAAGGAUGAGCACAUUAACUAAAUUCAGUGUUUUAGGAAGGUACUUUUUGCAGAAUAUCUAGCGUGUAAGUGAGCUUUGCAGAGAAAUGUUUCUUUUCUGAGGACACGGGGCAUUGAUUCACCGCUCUUGUACUGGAUACAUAUUAAUGGAGAUCUUAACCUUUUCACGAUAUUAGUUAUUAUUUGCAGCAGCUCCCCUUCUCUUUAAUAUAUUUGAUUUCACAACUAAUGUUUAACACACACACAUCUACACAUGAACUAACAACACAAAUAGAUAGAAAGAAUCGAUUUACUGAUGUCAAUCAUUUAGGUUUUAGGUUUAUUCCACAUCUGAGCAGAGUAACCGAUAAGAAACAGGCAUUGAAUCAAACAAUACAUUUUGACCGCUUUCCUUUGUUUUCCCAUGCUGCGUUCAAGCUGUUCUUUCCUGUCACAAAAUCCAAGAUUUGUUUGCUUUAUUUUGUGCAAUGCCCAGCAAAGAAAAGAAACCGAAAUACCGGACAGAUAUGAACUAUAAGCACCUUGAUAGAUUAGCAUUAUUUUAAAUUGAGCCGUAAGUCUCCAUUUCAUGAUUAUAAAACGAUUGGAUUUAUCUUUACAAACCGCAUUCAAUAAAUAAACAUAAGACUAGUGAAA